AUGGCCGUUGAGGCUCGCCAUCUUCACCUCUUUUCCCCUCAAAUCUUAAACAACCGAGAAAUGAUGAACCCAAAUGAAACAAAUGUUAACAUCUUCAACAACAUGUCACAAAUGGGUUAUUCUUCAAUUCUUCCAUCUUCCGGCACAACCACCGCCACGGAGACACUAAUCUUACCGGCGUACAACUCUAUAACCGCUGAUUCCUUACCUCAGAAAACUGCCAUGAACUCCGAUAGCGGUCUCACUUAUAACGUUCCUUCGAGAAAACGUUCAAGAGAUAACAACUAUUCAAAUUCAUCAAAUUUUCCUUACCCUUCUUAUAAUCUUUCUCCUACAACAACCACACCACAUAACAACAACAUCAAAACUUGUGGUUCUUCAUUCUCUUUUCUUGGUGAAGACAUUUCCGUUCAGAUCCAAAGGCAACAACUUGAUAUUGAUCAACUCAUUGCUCAACAUAUGGAGAAAGUGAAAUAUGAAGUGGAAGAAAAAAGGAAGAGACAAGCGAUGAGGCUGAUUCAAGCUAUAGAUAUGAGCGUGACGAAGAGAUUGAAGGCUAAAGAAGAAGAAAUUGAGAAAAUUGGAAAAAUGAAUUGGGCUUUGGAAGAAAGGGUUAAGUCACUUUGUAUGGAGAAUCAAAUUUGGCGUGAUUUGGCUCAAAGCAAUGAAGCUACUGCUAAUGCUUUGAGAACAAAUCUUGAACAACUUCUUGCACAACAACGGGUCGGAGCGGUUGAUAAUGAUGGAGACGCCAUUUCCCACGGAGGAUUGAAUGCUGCGUUGAUGGAUGAUGCAGAGUCGUGUUGUGACAGCAGUGGUAGCAAUGAUGAUGGUGAAUGGCGCAAUUUACCGGAUAAUGGUAACAACAACGCAGAAGCAGUGAACAUGAUGAGAAAGAGUGGUGGUUGUGGUGAUAGUGGAAAUGGAAAUGGAAGCAGUUUUGUUGAUAGGAUGAAAAUGUGCAGUAACUGUGGGAAAGAUGAAUCGUGUGUGUUGAUUUUGCCUUGUAGACAUCUCUGUUUAUGCACUGUUUGUGGCUCCAAUCUUCACAUUUGUCCCAUUUGUAAAUCUUUCAAAACUGCUAGCAUCCAUGUUAACAUGUCUUAAACCAUGGAUUAAUUACAUUAGUUUCUUAGGGGAUAAAAAAACAAUUUUUUACUUAAUGGAAUGGUAAAAAAACAAGUCAUUUUGAUCCUAA